AUCGCGGGGCAUAGGUGGCAGAGUCUCGUCUGAAACCUCCCCUUCCCCCUUCGAUGGUGAGCGGCGAGUGGGCGGCGGCUCGCGCGGGGCAACGUUUCUCGCCGCCGCCGCCUCAUCCGAGCCUCCGGGGAGCCAAUAAUUUGUUGGAGGUGGUUAAACCCACGACCCCCGUCCAGUUCCGCUGCUACGUCAGGCGGCGCCCGCGGCUUCCCGUCCGUUUCGGCGAGCGCGGGUCACGCGGCGCGGAGGGCUGAGCGAGCCAUGCCGCGGCGUCGAGCGGCUGGACCGGUAACUGGCGCGGAGGAGAAGCCGGGAGGCGUGGGCCCGGUUUCCUCCGGCGCCUGGGCUUGGCAGCUUCCGGGGAGGCUCCGUUCUAGAAAAGGGAGAUGUUUCCGGAUUUGGGUCCACUGAUAUGGCACUCUUUUGGCACAAUGGUUGUGCUGCUGCAGGAAAUCAUGUCAGUCUAUCCUACACUUUCACCCCCUACAUUAUCCGCAAGUGUAUCAAACAGAGCCUGCAAUGUUCUCGCACUCCUUCAGUCUGUUGCAUCACACCCUGAGACAAGGGACCCCUUUUUAAAAGCUGAAAUUACUGAGUACUUAUACCCACUCUUGAACACUACUAUCGACACCAGAUCUUUUGAGUACCUGCGCCUCACCACUCUUGGUGUGUUUGGUGCUCUUGUUAAGGUGGAUGAUACUGAAGUUGUCAAUUCCCUGCUAAAGAGUGACAUCAUUCAUCUAUGCUUGCGAAUCAUGGAGACAGGCAGCGAGCUGUCAAAAACAGUGGCUACUUUCAUUGUACAAAAGAUCAUUAUAGAUGAAGCUGGGUUACAGCACAUCUGUGGCACCCCUGAACGUUUUUUUGGGAUAGCCAGUGUUUUAGCAAGCAUGGUGGCUGAACAGCCUCAGCCCUCCACCAGGUUGCUGAAGCACAUUAUCCGCUGCUACCUCAGGCUGACGGAUGAUCCCAGGGCUCGUACUGCGCUGCAAACUAAUCUUCCUGAGGCUCUGAGAGAUGGGACAUUCGACAACUGCCUUGGGGAUGACGCUGUUGCAAGGCUCUACCUCCAACAACUGCUGGAUAAUCUGGCUGAGCCUGCGGGUGAAGCACCUCCUCCCGUUCCAGGUCCUGCGGCAGCUGGUGUAACCCAUCUAGGCUCAGCUCCUGUGGCGGGUGGUGCGCCACAUCCUGGCCCAGGCCCUGUUGCGGGUGCAAGCCCCAGAGGAUCCUCUCAGGCAGGACCGAGUCGCGCUCAUCAAGGCCCAGCUCCCGCGGCAGGUGGUGCGCCACAUCCUAGCCCAGACCCUGCAGCAGGUGCAAGCCCUGGAGGAUCCUCUCAAGCAGGACCGAGUCGUGCUCAUCCAGGCUCAGCUUCCGCGGCGGGUGGUGCGCCACAUCCUGGCCCAGGCCCUGCGGCAGGUGCAAGCCCUGGAGGAUCCUCUCAAGCAGGACCGAGUCAUGCACAUCCAGGCUCAGCUCCCGCGGCGGGUGGUGCACCACAUCCUGGCCCAGGCCCUGUGGCGGGUGGAAGCUCUGGAGGUUCCUCUCAGGCAGGGCCGAGCCGCAGGCGCCGUUGACGUAACCAAUCUGGUCGCUGCAAUUCAGAGUGCACUACAAGGAUGCAAUAUAUUUCGAAUUGCAGCUAGUGGAAAAUCCUGCGCGUAUCAGAAACAAAGUUCUAUGCUGGAGUUUAUUACCGUUUCAACAAAAAAAACUGAACCUGUGUGUUGCUGCACUAGCGCUGCAAACGUUUUCAGCACCCUUUUAUAUGAAGCUCCUCAUCUGAUGCAUUAGUUGCCAGUUUUCCCCCAUUUUUGGAUGUUCAAUAUGAUCUACAUGCCGAGCAUACUGGGGAGUUUGUUCAA